GGAUCAUUGCAACGUCGCAUGUCUAUGACAAAUUAUGUCGGGAACGAUGUUAAGGAUCUCAUUAGACAAACAUUAAAAGUGAUCAGAUCACUUGUCAAUAAUGAGCAAGAUCCACCAGCAUCACUUCUCAAGCUCAAUAUGAUUGCUGAACGAGAAAAAGGCUGGCUAUUGGUCGUAGAGUCAUUAAUAGAGACGGUGCCUGAUGAUGAUUCUUUGGGACCAGCUGUAAUUACUCUAUUUCUUGAUGAAUGUCCUCUUCCAUCAAAGGACACAGUCCAUAGACUUCUAUGCUCUCUUCGACUAGACCAAGCUUCCUCAUCUUCAUCAACUAGAAAACGAAGUUGGCAUCGAAAUACUUGUAUUGUCCUCGGUAAGUAUUUGGCCGCAGCUUCUUACGUCUAG